CACGAUAAUUUCCCAAUAUGGCGGCUCAGUGCUACACGCGUCAAGUGCAAUCGCAGCAGUUGUGAUUUGUCCCAGUGAAUUCUGCAGUUUUAUUCAAUUUGCGAUCGAUUUCACUGGUGUCGGGGGAUAUUUUAGCGCCGUGGGCUUAUCGUGUGGGGUUUUUCAACGGUUUUAUCAUUGAAUCCAACGGGAAAAUAGCGUUCAAAGGCAUGGGCAGGUCCAGAUCGCGCAGUAAAUCGCCGAGUAGACGGCGUCACAAGAGCAAACACUCGCGGAAGCGAUCCAAGUCGAGAGAGAAACGGAGUAAUAGUAAAUAUGCCGAGAAGCCGAAGGAGAGGAGCUCAAAGUCAAGAAAACGAUCGCAUUCUCCGUCAUUCAGCAGUGAUUCAGAUGUCUCUGACGAUGUCCACAUCGUCAGCCACAAGAAACGCUCCUACAGAGACAGAGAUCGCAAGAUGGACGAGGUUGAACGCCUGGCGGAAAUGGAGAGGCAGAGGAAAAAGAAAGAAUUAACGACCAAUAUCCUCGCUACGAGUGCACUUCGACGACAACGUGAAUCCGAGCAGAAACUCGUGGAGGAGGAGGCGGCCAAGAGGAUCGAGGAGCUCGUCCAGAAGCGCGUUGAGGAAGAAUUGGAGAAGAGGAAGGAAGAGAUUGAAGCCGAGGUGCAAAGACGCGUUGAAGAGGCUAAAAGAGCCAUGGAGCGUCAGAUGAUGGAGGAGAUGGAGUGGCGCCAGGCUAAACUACGAGAGGAGGAGAAACGUAGAGAGGAGGAAGAGCGGAAGAAACGCGAGGAGCUCGAAAGGAUUCUGGAGGAAAACAACAGGAAAAUUGAGGAGGCCCAAAAGAGAUUGGCCGAGGACAGACUGGCAAUGGUCGAGGAGCAACGUCUCCUGGAGGAAGAGCGCCAGAAAAUGAGAAAAGAGCAAGAGAAACGUGUGAAAGAAGAACAGAAGAAAAUACUAGGGAAAAAUAAUUCGAGGCCCAAGCUCUCUUUUUCACUUAAACCAGUUACGUGAGUCUCGUGUGAAAUAAUUAUUUAAGUGGAGUUCUCAAUGUGAUAUUUCAUUACGUUCCGAGACGUUUUUAUUUUUCCCUGGAAGUGCACUGAUUGAAUUCAGCUGGAUUGACCCAGCACUUUUGAUUAAUUAACACGAGUCGAUCAAUCGAUGAUUGUCGAUGGUGUUAAUUAACGAACUGAGGUGCUGGAUCAAGUGGCCUGAAUUAAUUGUAGAGCUGAGAUGAUUCCUCGGUAACGCGUUGUUUAUUGAUGAUGCCAAUUAUAAUUGGAUUAUGCCAAUGUAAAUGAUUAUUACUCGUGUAAUUGAGAUAAUGUGCUUUUAAUCAAUUUUUCGAAUAAUCGUAAUCAAGAAGGAUAAAACCGUAAUUGUCGAAGUGAACAAUUAGGUAUUUAUAUAGGACUGUGGAUAUAAUUAAUGUUAUAUACAUGAUAAAGUUCAAUUUUUUUUAAUUAGUUCAUCUUGUCAUUUUUUACAUUAAAUAAAUAUUUUAAUGCCAUUAUGUACAGAACAGAUUGAGGAAGAAUAAGCGAGAAAAUAUGAUGAAUGAA